CACCCAUCCUCCGAAGCUUCACCAUCUACCUGCUACCCAAUCUUUCUACUACGUCCAACAUGUCAGAGAAGUUGAAAACCGAAUCGACUACUUCCCUCAUAUCCAAGGACUCCUCCGUUGAAGCCCAGGUGACUCCAGCCUCACAGACGCAGAACGGCUCGUCUGUACCAAGCACCGAUAACGGUGACACUGUCGUCAAGGUCGCGGUCCCAACCAAUUUUCAAGACUUCUCUCAGAAGUCUCGAGAACACGGCUGGGCGACACCUACACCGACUAAACCAACCAUGGGUCAAUGAAUCAUUUCCCCGGUACAACAGGCGUGCCUUCAAGUUCAUUCUCGUUCCAGCCUGUGGCCCUUGCAGAAAUAUCGUUUCGUAGAAAAAGUUUCAUUAUUUUAACAAUUAACAAACGUACAUUUUCGUUAAAGAUUUUA